AUGAAAAUUAUAAUUUUCCUUGGACUCCUGGGAGCUACUCUGUCAGCCCCGCUUAUCCCACGGCACCUUAUGUCUGCUAGCAACAGCAAUGAGUUACUUCUGAACCUUAAUAAUGGUCAACUUUUGCCACUGCGGCUUCAGGGCCCCCUUGCUUCCUGGAUUCCUCCCUUCUCUGGCAUCCCACUGCCGCAGCAGGCUCCGAUUCCAGGACACUCUCAGAUCUCAUUGUCAACUCUGGACCAGUUUGUUGGACCGUACCCAAAUGAGAUCCCUUUCCCAAGACAAGUCAGUUUUGUCCAAGGAGCCCAGACUGGCCAGCUGGACCCCUCACAACCUCAAGCACCAUCGCAAACCCAACCAGGCCCUAAUCCUGUGUUGCCUUAUGUGUUUCCCUUCAAAACGCCUCAAGAACAAGCACAGACAAACCAGUACUACCCUGUUUACAUGUUCCUACCCUGGGAACAACCUCAGCAAACAGCCACACAGUCACCCCAGCAAACAGGGCCACAACAAUUUGAGGAGCAGAUACCAUUUUAUGCUCAGUAUGGAUACAUUACACAGCCAGCAGAAACUGGUGUAACAGAAAGACAGCAGCAAUCAGCACUUGAUCCGCUCCUGGGCACAGUGCCCGAAACUGUCCUAAUGCCAGGAGGAGGAGUGAUACCAUAUUUACAAAAAGAAGUGGUGAACUUAAGGCCUGACAAUGCAGGAGUGUUUAUGCAUUCAACUUCACCAAAACCCAGCACCGCCAAUGUUUUCACUUCCGGUGUAGACCCCACGAUUGCCUCCAUGCUUCCGGAAGAAAAGGCCAAGACUGAUAGCCUAAGAGAACCAUAGAUGGUGUUCUAACCAUUAAGAGUUUUUGAGAAAAAGAUGUGCAGUGCCUUGGACACCAUUUUAGA